AUGUUUAUUUUAUGAUAUCAGAUGCAGUUUUUGAAUAAGACCUAUUCUAUUUUCACAUUUCUCUCCCGUCCCUCCUUCAAAACUCACUCCUCGCCGCUGAAUCCUCCUCCCUCCACAGUUUCAUCAACCCAACCACUCUGAACAACCGCCGAAACCUCAGAUAACCCACAAACAUGCACUUUCGAACAACAUCUUCAAAUCAGCGUCUCACUUCAAUUUCCAACUUCACCUCACAUUCUCCUUCUCCCAGGUGCUUCUGUUCUGUUCAAACACAAAACGUUAACGAUGAAAUUGAACAACAACAACAACAACCCAGAUCGAGAAACACAAGCAAAACCGCUAAAACAAUGGCUAAUCUCAUAAAUUUCAAACCUUGGUCAAAUGGGUUGUUAUCAUCCUUCACAGAUUCUCUCUCCAAAACCACUGUUCUUCAAACACUUCGCCAUAUCAAGGUACCCUCCAAGGCCUUUCAGUUCUUCAAUUGGGUACACGAAAACGGUUUCUCUCAUAAUCCACAAUCCUAUUUCAUCAUGUUAGAAAUCCUGGGUCGUGAGAAAAAUCUCAAUGUAGCUAGGAAUUUCCUUUACUCCAUUGAGAAAAGGUCUAAUGGUGAAGUUAAGGUUAAUGACAAGUUUUUCAAUAGUUUGAUUCGGAGUUACGGCGAAGCCGGAUUGUUUAAAGAGUCUGUGAAGCUUUUUGAGAGUAUGAAGGUUAUCGGUGUUUCACCGUCUGUGGUUUCGUUUAAUAGUGUUUUGUUGGUUUUGCUUAGAAGGGGUAGGAUCAAUAUGGCCAAAGAGGUUUAUGAUGAAAUGCUUAACACGUACGGUGUUACUCCGGAUUCGUACACGUUUAACAUUUUGAUUAGAGGGUUUUGUAAGAAUUCGAUGGUUGAUGAAGGGUUCCGUUUCUUUCAAGAAAUGGCGAGUUUUAACUGUGAUCCGGAUGUUGUUACGUAUAACACGCUUGUUGAUGGUUUGUGUAGAGCGGGGAAGGUCAAGGUAGCGCAUAAUUUGGUGAAUGGUAUGAGCAAGAAACACAAAGAUUUGAGUCCUGAUGUUGUUACUUACACGACUUUGAUUCGAGGGUAUUGUAUGAAACAAGAAGUCGAUGAGGCCUUGGCUGUUCUUGAAGAGAUGAAUGGUAGAGGCCUUAAGCCGAAUAUAGUUACGUAUAACACUUUGAUUAAAGGACUUUGUGAAGCACAGAGGUGGGACAAAAUGAAAGAUAUUUUGGAACAAAUGAAAGGCGGUGAUGGAUUAAUUCCUGAUGCGUGUACCUUCAAUACAUUGAUUAAUUCGCACUGUUGUGCAGGAAACCUCGAUGAAGCUUUCAAGGUUUUUAAAAACAUGGAGAAUUUACAGGUCUUAGCAGAUUCAGCAUCGUACAGUGUUCUGAUACGGAGUUUAUGUCAGAAAGGGGACUAUGAAAAGGCAGAGAUGCUUUUUGAUGAGUUGUUCGAGAAAGAAGUUUUGUUAUGUAGCUUUGGCCCUAAGCCGCUGGCUGCUUCUUAUAAGCAUAUUUUUCAGUAUUUAUGUAAAAACGGGAAAACAAAGAAAGCCGAAAGGGUACUCAGGCAGCUAAUGAAACGGGGAACACAAGAUCCCAUAUUAUACCAGAUAGUGAUUUGGGGGCAUUGUAAAGAAGGCGCAUACGAAAACGGAUACGAGCUUUUGAUAUGGAUGCUAAGAAGGGAUUUUAAUCCUGAUAUUGAUAUCUACGACUAUUUGAUCGACGGUUUUCUUCAAAAGGAUAAGCCUCUCCUCGCAAAGGAGACACUAGAGAGAAUGCUAAAGAGCUCGUAUCAACCAGAAACAUCUACAUGGCAUUCCAUACUCAUUAGACUUUUGGAAAAGGGUUGUGUUCACGAGUCUGCCGGUGUUAUUGUCACGAUGUUAGAGAGAAAUAUCAGACAAAAUAUAAACCUUUCAACUAAGUGUUUACAGCUACUUUUUGAACGUGGACUGCAAGAUAAAGCAUUCAAAAUUAACGAGUUGAUAUAUAAGAACGGAUACCGUGUAAAAAUGGAUGAAGUGGUUCAGUUUCUUUGCAAGAAAGGAAGGCCAUCAGAAGCAUGUAAAAUGUUGUUUUUUAGUUUGAAAAAUGAUCAGAAGGUUGACAUCGAUUUGUUUAAUACUGUUAUUCUCGAUCUUUGUAAAAUUAACAAGGCUUCAGAAGCAUUCGAUUUGUGCUAUGAAUUGGUGGAGAAGGGUUUACAUCAGGACUUGAUAUGUCUCAAUGAUCUGGUAACUGCUUUAGAGGCAGGAGGGAGAAUAGAGGAGGCUGCGUUUCUAUCGAAGAGAAUGCCAAGAGAAGAGAACUUUGACAGACCUGUUCGAAAUAACAGCUCUAAGAAUUCCAGGCCUGAUAAUAUGUGAGUGACAUUCACUUGUUUUUCACUCUUUGUUUUGAACUUUUCGGUUUCGAUUAUUAGAAUCAUAAGCUUCUACAGGGGGUAGUUGAUGUUCAGACGAGUAGAACAUUUUAGUUUGAUGUGUAUGCUAACGAGAUACGAUACAUUCAACAUAUUAGGAGGCUAGAAUGACAUGAAAAUCUAUUAAGUCUUUUCAUUCUUUUUAUGUAUCUUGAAAAGUGGUUUCAAAUUUCAAUACUAAUUUUCCAGCAUCUAAAUUUGAAUUCAAUCUAUUAAAUUCUACACUUGUUGAUUCAAGAUCCGAAUCUUUGAAUAGUCAGGAUAUGCUUUUAUGCUUUGGAAUUGAAGAUAGCUAAAUAAGUUCAAUUUCAAUAUCGGGAGGCACAAUCAGAUGCCUCGGUUUAUGAGGCAGAGAUACACAACUUUCUCAGUAUUUUCCUGUAUUCUAGUCUGGUUUUAGGUUCUUGUUCCCUCCACGCAGUGGCGAAGCCAGAAAAUUUUUAAAGUCUGGGCAAAAUAAAAUUGACUUUUUAUUUUGUCAACAAAAAUAUAGUUUAUAAUAAAAAAGAUAAAACAUAACCUUAGAAUGGCGAGUUAUAUAAAAUCACGGGGCAAAUGUCCUUUCCGAGACUUCUUUCUGGUGAAUGUUCGAAUAAUAUCAAUAUCAUUGAGUGACUUGAAUAUCUCUCGUUCGGUGUAACAUCCCAUCAAGU